CACUACCUAGUUACAACUGCCAGGAAGAAAAAAGAUUUCCUCACUUGGUUGCCAUGAUCGCCUGGACGCGACAGUACCCGUUUUAAAGGCAAUUUUUAGGUUUUUGUUUGGAAAGUUUUUAAGUUUAUUUUAAGUAAAGAGAGGAGUUAAGGAAGUUAGUAAGAAGUUGAGGAAGAAAAGGUGGAAGUUGAGGCGGAAAAUGGGUAGAAAACGGGAAGAGACAAACGAGGACUCCGAGUAUGGACAACCUGCUCAGUAUGACCCGACCUUUAACGGACCCAUAAAUAAAAGAGGUUGCACUGAUAUCAUCUGCUGUAUCCUGUUUAUGGCCGUCAUCCUCGGCUACAUAGUAGUUGGGAUUAUAGCUUGGCUCUAUGGAGAUCCCAGACAUGUUCUUUAUGCAAGAAACUCAACUGGAUGGUUCUGUGGCAUCGGACCAAAUGAAGGCCGACCCACUUUGUUCUACUUUGACAUGAUCAAAUGUGCAACGUCUGUCAAUAUAAUGGCCACUGCUCUUAAUGGUUUUCAGUGUCCAACCACACAGGUGUGCGUGGAAAAAUGCCCAACUGAUUUCUGGGCUGUUUCGCCAUUUUCAUAUUUGCCAGAUGUAAAGCCAGCAGACGUUUUCAAUCAAAGCUUCUGUGUGCCAUCCAUCAACCUGGCAACUACUAAGUUGACUGUUAAAGAAAUUGUGGACAAGGAGCUGUGUCCUUUCUUCCAAAUGCCAACAAUAUCGGUGCUGGGGAGAUGUUUGCCCGAUAUCUCAUUACUGAAGAACAUCCCUCCAGAGUUUUCCGAUAUUCCAGGCUUGCCCUCCUCCAUUAACGACACAGUCAACCUCAUCAAAAAUGGCACUGGGGACGUUUUGAAUGGCUUCAAUGCCAGGGAGAUUGGUGUCCGAAUCUUUGAGGAUUUUGCGUCGUCAUGGCCGUGGAUCCUCCUUGGUCUGUUUAUAGCUAUGGUGGUCAGCAUGCUGUUCCUGUUGCUGCUGAGAUUCACUGCUCCAGUCAUGGUGUGGGUGCUCAUCAUAGGAGUCCUGGGCGCCGGGGCUUAUGGGAUAUGGCACUGCUACUGGGAGUAUGAUAACUACAAGAAAGCCUCUGCUACCAUUGCUGACAUAGGUUUCACCACCAACUUCAAUAUUUACCUGCAAACCCAAGAGACCUGGUUGGCCUUCUUGAUCAUCAUUUCUGUGGUGGAGGCAAUCAUUCUCCUAACCAUCAUCUUCCUGCGGACCAGGAUCCUCAUAGCCAUCGCCCUCAUCCAGGAGUCCAGCAAGGCAGUCAGUCACAUGAUGUCCUCUCUGCUGUACCCUCUGGUCACCUUCGCUCUCCUACUGGUGUGUGUUGCUUACUGGGGCGCCACUGCUUUAUAUUUGGCCACUUCAGGAGGCCCAAUCUACAGAGUAGUGGCUCUCAACUCCACUGCGAGCGAGUGUAAGGGAAUCAAUGGCACCGUGAACUGUGACCCUCAGAACUUCACCUCAUCAGAUUACCCGGGCUGCCCCUCCGCUAGCUGCAUCUUCAUCAAAUACAACGACGAAGGUCUCCUUCAGAGGAACAUCUUCAACCUGCAGAUCUACAAUGUCGUGGCCUUUCUCUGGUGUGUCAAUUUUGUCAUCGCCUUGGGGCAGUGCACGCUGGCGGGGGCCUUUGCCUCUUACUACUGGGCCUUCAACAAACCAAGUGAUAUCCCCAUGUUCCCCGUGUGCGGCGGCUUUAUACGCUCACUCAGGUACCAUGUGGGCUCUUUGGCAUUCGGUGCUCUGAUCCUGACUCUGGUGCAGUUAGUGAGGAUCAUCCUGGAGUACAUUGACCACAAAACCAGAGCGGCACAGAAUCCAGUCGCACGUUUCAUAUUGUGCUGCAUGAAGUGCUGCUUCUGGUGUCUGGAGAAGUUCAUUAAGUUCCUCAACAGGAAUGCUUACAUUAUGAUCGCCGUUUAUGGGAAAAACUUCUGCGUCUCAGCCAAAAAUGCUUUCAUGCUGCUCAUGAGAAACGUUGUCAGGGUGGUGGUGCUUGAUAAAGUGACAGACCUGCUGCUGUUUUUUGGGAAGCUCCUGGUGGUCGGAGGAGUGGGUGUGUUGUCCUUCUUUUUCUUCUCUGGUCGAAUACCUCUACCAGGCAGCAGCUUCCGCUCCGAAACCCUCAACUACUACUGGAUGCCAAUUAUUACUGUGGUGUUUGGCAGCUACCUCAUAGCUCAUGGAUUCUUCAGCGUCUACAACAUGUGUGUCGAUACACUCUUCCUCUGCUUCCUGGAGGACUUGGAGCGUAAUGACGGAUCUGAGCAGAAGCCGUACUAUAUGUCCAAAAACCUCAUGAAGAUCCUCAACAAAUCCAACAAGCCACCAAAAAGGGGUAAAGCAAAAGACUGAAGAUCUUUUCUACUGAGUUCAUGAAACCGAACACUUGUGUCACAGAUUUUCAGGAUAUCUUUUACUAUUUGCGUCUUUUAACCUUUUAAAACUCCCAUCUUCUCCCACAUAAGUUUACCAAAACUGAUUUUGCACUUUUUAAUUAUUUUUUUAUUAUGUUUGUGCAUAUAUAGUAUUAAUGACUGUAUAUAUGAAAAGAGUGAGCAUGUAAAUGUAAGUCAUGUGAGGUUUUAUGUUACAAUGUAAUCCUGCAUUACAUCAUUUUACAUUUUAAAAAUAUUUUUUGAUUUGGUUCACAAUCACUGAAAGCUCUAAAAUAUUCUUUCUUUCAUCAACACUAUCCGUUUUUCUUUAUAAAAGUGAUGUUAUUGCUGCGCAAUAUUUCCACAUUUUAGACUGAUUAAUCAUGCACCAGUUAAUCCAGUUAAAUUGCUGUCAAUGCCAGUAAGAUUAGUAGAUUAGUUAGAUUUUUUUUUUAUUUGCUGAAAGUCUUCCAUACAGGACUCCUAAGAUGUGAUUUCUUCCAAUGGAACAAAAACUGUCCUGAAAUAGAACAUAUUUUAGAUAUUAUUUGUAACAUGGUUGUUUUAUAAAUACUUUUUAAAUCAACAUAAUGUUGAUUAUAUGAAAAAUAAUAUAAUAAAGUUGUAAAUAUGACUGUA